AUGGAUCCAGACUCUGAAGACCAAAGUGACACUGAGAAAACAGAGGCAUGGUCUGGGUCAGAAAGCUCCCAGGAGGACAGCUGCCGCGUCUCAGAUAUGAAGCCAGAAUCUUGUAAUAGUGAAGAAGAUACUGAAAACCUCCCAAUGAACUCAUCAUCCUCUCACGUCCCCAAGCCUGACAGUGAACCCAAAGAAUGCUGGGAAAUGGAGUCUGAGGAACACUUAAGUGAAAGAGAAGAGAAUGUUUUCUAUAGGGAGCGUGAAGUUGACAAGAGUGAAUCAAGUCCUACCCGUGACAUGGUCCUGGCCUUGACCCUUCACCCAGGGGAAGAGGAACCACGGGGACCAGCUGGUAAUAGCCAAAGCGCCGGGACGGAGAGCCCAAGGGUGCAUUCAUCAGAAGGAGGAGGGAGCAGUGACGCACCUACUGCCUGCGUCUCCUUUGGAAUCUCAGAAGAGGGUGCUGAGCAGGCACAGAGGUGGGAUUCGGGGUCUGACACAAAUCUGUGCAGACCGACCCGGCACAGGACAAGGCACACACGGCUCAGCCAAUCAGAGAGACAUGUCAAGGAGACCAAGUCCAAAUGCAAAAGCAUUGCUCUUCUUCUAACUCAUGCACCCAACCCUCGCAAUAAAGGAGUCUUGUUGUUCAAGAAACGUCAGCAAAGGGUUGAGAACUUUACCUUCAUAAGCUACGGAACCGGUGAGAACAUUGACAGUGAAGACCAAACAGAAGAAACUGAAGAUUUAACUGAGUACCACUUUGUAUCAACAAGUGAUUCUGAGUUAGAGGAAGAGAAUUCUGUUUACCACCAGCAGUGUCAAUAUAGUUGGAAUUGGAGAAGUCAGCACAAGAUGGAAGGUCUGCCAGAAACACAGGGAAAGGGUGCUUUGAUGUUUGCUCAACGCCGAAAACGCAUGGAUGAAAUUGUGUCAGAGCAUGAAGAACUGAGGAGUAAAGGAUUACCAGUCGAAGGUCCAGCACCAGAACCAGAACCCACAGCACCUCCAAAAAUGUAUGAGCCUAAUGAAACAUAUGUGUACAGCGCCCAGGAUAACUACACAGAGCAGCCUGUCAGCUACCAGGAGGACUCCAACGCCUCCAAACCGUUGGUGCCCAACAGAACUGCGAAGCCAUUCCUUGGAUUUCAAGCGAAUGCACCUCCACCUGCCAGACAUAGUGUGGUUGUGCCAGUUACUCCUGCGAAGAAGAAGCCUGAGCCUAAAUUUAAAGUUCCUGUACCCGUACCAAGCAACACAAGCCCCAAGGUCUGGUCCCCAACUAGUGACGUCAUAGCCUCAAGAGAUGAAAGAAUAUCAGUGCCAGCGAUCAAGACUGGCAUCCUACCUGAAACAAAAAGAAAAGGCUCAAGUAAACAGUCUCCACCAGAACAGAAAGCAAAUCUUCAAAACAAGGGUGACCGAAGAUCUUUUAUCGAAUGUGAGGAAGACUGCUUUAGUUUGGGAGCUGAAGCGUGUAACUUUAUGCAACCUAAACCCAUCAAACUUAAGAAUCCACCUCCAGUUGCACCCAAACCAACUAUCAACCCAGCCUGCCCACCUUGGAUGGUUAAAGAAGAUCCCUAUAUUCCACCAAGAAAUCCCCAGCCAUCCCCUGCUGCCAUUGGACCCCAUAGUCAGAAUUACUUACAGCCGCAUGACCGGGCCAAACCUCAACAGAUGUCUAACCAGUGGGCACAGGAUCAAACACCGGCAAGACUUCAAACAUCCACCAACAUGUCUUCUCAGCUUCAGCCCCAGCCAACUGCAAAUAGCUGGAGUCUUGAACAAUCCCGAUCUCCCGUGAGUAUGCAGGCCAGGGGUCCCACCUACAGCCCACAGGCCCCUCCUCCCCAAUCGAGUGCCCCAAAUUCUGUUGCAUCUUGUCCAUCGCAGCCAGAGAAGACUCACAGAGGCCAAAGUAGUUCCCUAUCCGGUAAAGGUGUGGAGUUGUUUGCCAAAAGACAGUCUCGAAUGGAGAAGUUUGUGGUUGAUGCCGAACCGAAACAGGUUAGCAAACCCAGGGCCCCAUCCCCGACCUCAUCUCUGCCAAAUUCAUGGAGGUACUCAUCUAAUAUCCGAGCUCCACCUCCUGUAGGUUACAAUCCUCUUCUUACACCUUUUUAUCCCCCGGCAGCAGCGAAACAACCCCCCUCAACGAGUCCUAAAAUUAAACCCAAACAGACCAAACCAAAACCUAAACAAGCCACGAAGCACCUUAACGCUCUAGAUAUCAUGAAACACCAGCCUUAUCAAUUGGACUCAGCUCUUUUUACAUACGAAAAAGUCCCUGAGAUCAAAGCCCCCAGCCCCAAACCAUCUCCCACCCCCACGAAAUCUGAGCCAAGAAAAGUUAUAAAGCACAAGAUAGGGCCUGCACGUUCUCCACGAAGUAUCUCUAAGAGUGAAACCACAAAGCCUGAUGUUCUCACAGUUGACAAGCAAAUGGAUGUGAAUCUGUCUGUAUCACCUGUUUUGAAUCACGUUAGCACCAAGCAAGAAACCAGUAACCGCCCAGCCAGCACAACCUCUCAGCACUCCUCUCUCUCCUCUAUCAGUGACAGUUUAGCAGCGGCUUUCUCCCCUGCGUCUCUCAUUGCUAGAGGCGUGCGUCAAAUGGCUCCUCGGCCAAAGUUUUCGGCUAAGAAGCAGGUAGCAGAAGGCAAACAGUGGAAGCCUGUUGCUAUGCUGCACUAAGCCGGGGUCUGUAUAUGGUCAUGUUUGGAUUCAGUCAGGAAUAGGAUGAGGGGUUAGAGUUGCAACCAUUCACUUUUAAUUAUAACAUAUAGCACUGGUUAGUAUCUAGCUUGCAGUGGUGGAAAAACUACUACGUUUUGUUACUUAAAUAAAAGUACAGGUACUGAAACAAAAGAAGUAUUCAAGUAAAAGUAAAAGUAUCACAUGAAAAAAUCGACUUAAACUAAAAGCAUCAAAGAACCACUUUAAAAAUGUAUAUAAAAAGUAAAAAGUAAGUAUUUCAUGCAGAUUUUGAGAUCUAAAAAAGCUUCAGAUGAUUUUGAUAAAGAUUUGUUCAACAGAAACAACUGAAUCAAUCAAUUUUUCUAGGUUAGCUGUUUUAUUUGUAUUUUUUUUUUUUUUUUUUGUUUGCUCAAAUUAUGAACUUGAUCAAAAUAACCCCCUAAUUUCAGCAGGUCUUAAACAAUCAUAAAAAAUAUGUUUACUUUUUAGUUCUGUUAAAAAAUGUAGUGGAGUAAAAAGGACAGAUACCUGCGUUCAAAUGUAGUGAAGUAAAAGUAAAAAGUACCCACCUUAAAUUCUACUUAAAUAAAGUACAGGUGCCUUUUUACUUUACUACUUUUACUUUGUUAUAUUCCACCACUGCCAACUUCACACAGUAAUUUAUUGUAUUCUGUAAAUAUAGUGAGACAUUUUUUGAAACACACAGGAUAGUGUUUUAACUGGACGAAUCCAGAAUGGUGAUUUAGUGCUGUAAAAGUUUAAAAGAUUUAGGAUUUAUUUUAGUUUAUGACGCUCAGGAAACAAAUGUGCAAUAAUGCCUGCUCCCUUUACGCCGUUGUUUAUUGUUUUGUUGUUGGAAUACAGCUGCAUACAACAUUCAUAUUAGCAUAGAACCCGCUUCUCUUUCCCCCUGAUCAAAAAGUGUUUGUAAUGUUUUGUUGUUCUCACAUAUAACACUGUAUUAAUUUAGCAACUGUAAAUGCACUUCUUUUCAAAUGCAUACAAGUAGCAUUUGCUUCCGUCUCAUUCCAAUCUUAAAGUAUCACAACAGCGCAAAGGAAAUCAAAGCCAGUUGUGAUUAAAAAUGUGAUGAACUGAUAACUAGUGUCAGUUCAGGUCAUUUCAGCCACUUUCUGCCUGUAUUGUUGAAAAAGAUUUAGUGGGGAGUUACUCAAAAGCAAGUUAAAAAAGAAUCAUCUCAAUCAAGGAAUGUGUAUUUUUCUUUUUCAAGCGUCUCUGUUGCACUUGGUCUUGUUCCCAGCACUAUUAAAGCACCAUUAAAUUUCUC